AUGGCAAAAAAAUUAACCUCCUCUUUUACAAUUUUCAUUUUUGCGAUUUCCUUACUUGGAGUUUCUUGUAACCCAAUUUCAUUUUCUCGCAUUAUUUCGUCUGAUUCAGGUCCAUUUGAAGCAAAACGUUCAUUCCUAAAUGGUGGCGGUGGCUGGAAACCUGUGAUUCUUAUGAAUGGAGAAAAUGAAAAUACUGCAACAAAUCAAGCUUCCGAUAUCAACUCGCUCGAUGUUCAAGCUUUACAAACUGCUGAAUACGCAAACACUUUUGACAACGAAGGACUUACAACUUUCUUAUAUAAUAAACGCUCAUUCCUAAAGGGUGAUUAUUGGAAACCCGUGAUUCUUAUGAAUGAUGCAAAUGAAAAAACAUCAUCGAAUCAAGCCUACAAUACCAACUCGCUCGAUGUUCAAGCAUUACAAGCCGCCGAAUACGCAAACACUUAUGACAACGAAGCUGCAAAAACUUUCUUAUAUAAUAAACGUUCAUUCCUAAAGGGUGAUUAUUGGAAACCCGUGAUUCUUAUGAGUGAUGCAAAUGAAAAAACAUCAUCGAAUCAAGCCUACAAUACCAACUCGCUCAACGUUCAAGCCUUACAUGCCGCCGAAUACGCAAACACUUAUGACAACGAAGCUGCAAAAAAUUUCUUAUAUAAUAAACGUUCAUUCCUAAAGGGUGAUGAUUGGAAACCCGUUAUUUUUAUGAACGGUAUGUCUGAAACAACUGCCACUAACCAAGCUGCUAAUGUUAAUACAUUGGAUAUUCAAGCAUUGCAAGCUGCCGAAUUCGCCAAUACAUAUAAUAAUGAUUAUGCCAAUACAUUGUGGGUCAAUUAA